AUGGAUCUUGGUCGACAUCCACAUAGGUCAGCACACUUUUCAUUUCGUGAUAACGUAAGACAGAUCGCAGAAAGAUCUCAUCGAUUGGAAGCAAAUGCAAGACAGGCUAUUCAACGCUUACCUGUUGUAUUAAAUGAACAACAAAUAGUACGCUUAAAAGAACACACAUACGCUUCUGAAGGAAUAACAUUGCUUGAUCCAUACAUGCAAAAAUUUUGGAGAAGACUUGUUGAAUAUUGCCCAUUAUGGGUCGCUCCAAAUCUUAUCACAAUUGUUGGUUUAGCGAUAAACAUAAGUGCUAGUAUUUUACUUAUGUUUUUAACAAACGGUGCUAAGGAACCGUGUGCAAGAUGGAUGUAUUUUUUGACUGCUAUUGGUCUUUUUAUAUAUCAAUCACUUGAUGCUAUCGAUGGUAAACAAGCUCGUCGUACGAAUUCUUCAACGCCAUUAGGUGAACUUUUUGAUCAUGGUUGUGAUUCAGUUUCAACAGUAUUUGUCACAGUUGCAUGUUGUUGUGCUCUUCAACUUGGAUUACGCCCAUGGGUAAUGUUUUGGUGUUGUAUGUCUUCUUUCGUUACUUUUUAUUGUGCGCAUUGGCAAACAUAUGUAUCUGGAAAGCUUAGAUUUGGAAAACUUGACUGUACUGAAGCUCAAUUUACAUUUAUUCUUGUUUAUUUGAUAAGCACUAUAGAUCCUCGUGUUUGGUCUGCAACGAUGCCCAUCAUUAAUAUUGAAUAUCGUGUAUUAGUAGCAUUCUCAGCGAUUUGUUCGGCAAUAUGGAGUUCAGCUAAUAAUAUUAAUAUCAUAUCAAAAGGUGGUUGUGGAAGACAUUAUUCAUCUGUUGCUGGUUCAAGUAUUAUUUAUCCGAUUUUACCAAUGAUUUUUCUGAUGCUUCUUGCUAUUACUGCUGGUUAUCGUUCAAUAUCGAAUGUACUGGAAGAACAUACAUCGCUUCUUUUAGUUUGUUAUGGUAUUGUAUUUUCAAAAAUAACGAAUCGAUUAAUUGUUGCUCACAUGUCGAAAAGUUUACUUAAUUCAUGGGAUUGGGCUUAUAUGGGACCUAUAGCUAUCUGUGUUAAUCAAUAUCUUAAUUGUUUGAUAAGUGAAGAAAUCUUUUUCUGGUUUUUUCUGAUUUAUAACCUGUUCGAUUUACUUCGGUACAAUAUAAAAGUAUGCCAAGAAUUAUGUGAUGCCUUAAAUAUAUACUGUUUUCGAAUCACACCAUCAACAGUAUUGAUAGCUGAUGGCUCUCAUUAG